CAAAUUCAUCCGCAAAAAGAUCUCCUGACCACGCAUCCGAAGAUACCCGAGAAUUGUCGAAGGAGAGAGAAAAAAGAGCCGGCGUAACCCGAUCCCAGGUCUCAUGGUCUCCCUCUCUCUCUGGAGCAUCGCAUCAGUCGUGGCUGUGACGCAGUUCGGUGCGGAGUCGGAAGAAAAUGAGCGCCGUGCUUGCCGGAGGAUCGCCGGAUAGCCGCCGGAGACGUGUCCGAGAGAGGUCCGCGCCGGGACACGAGGAGGAAGCGAUGAGGAUCAAGGUGGAAUCUGACGCGGAUAUUAAGGACUAUGCGGAAACAACAAUGAAUGAAUUACUCGGCUGGUACGGAUACGACAAACUGGACACGAGAGGACUAAACCUGAAGCACCUCAACCAGCACUUCCCCACGUCUUCCUCGUCAUCGAGUCCCUUGCGUCACGAUGAGGACUUCUCCGAGGACGACACGGGCCUCUCUCGAUCCCCGCAACCCGAAAGCGAAUCUUUAACACCAAAUGUAAAUGGAGGAACAAUCAUCUGUGCCUGGUGCUUGAAAACAGGGCUCAAGCUAUUUACUCUGAAAACUUCCUCCGGCAAAACCAAGGCUUUCUGUAGUGAACCCUGCUUCAAUCAGUGUAGGAGAGCGGCAUUCAAGAAAAACCGUGUCUGCAACUGGUGCCGACAUGUUCGCCACACGGUCAAUUAUGUCGAUUUCAAAGAUGGAGAUGAACAACUCCAGUUUUGCAGCGACAAGUGCCUAAACCAGUACAAAAUGCAGAUUUUCUGCAAAGAGACUCAGGCUUAUCUUCAGAUGAACCCACACUUGCAGGAGGAAGCUAAUAAACAUGCUGGAACAGCCAGUUCCAAACUGAUUACCCCCGAUUUGUGGCUGCGCGACUGUCAAGAAACAAUGAAUGGUGGAACAACACCAGGUAUAUCUCACAGUGAAGAUGAAUCUUCACCACCGAACACAGGAACAGCAAUUCCAAAAUCUAGCAAUGGACUAGAAGUUGAAGAUCUAACACUUUCAUCCAAAAGCGAUCACUGCAAUUCGUCCUAUUCGAAUAUUUCCUUAAAAGACAGAAGCACACCACAGGAACAACGUAGUAGGAACUUAGACGAUUCGCCUGUGAGCAAAGAUAAACGCUCGCUCGAAAUGUGCAAUGCCUUAGCUUCAUACCUGAGGGACGAUAAAGAAAAGAAUAAUUUUGACCGCCGAAAGCGGAAUUACGAUAAUGAAAAAGAUCACUUUCGUAAAAAGCAAAAGAUGUCUUCUUUAAGGCACAGAUCCAAUCAACCAGCUGAAGCACCGCCUGCACAUCUGUCUACAACAACUCACUCUCCGCUAACUUUGCAAAACCAUACCAGGUUAUUCCAGCCGUCAGCUUUCCCUCCAUCGCUUAACAACACCAGUUCUCCAGUACCACCGGCAGCCCACACGAAGGCACUACCACCCCAUCCAGCAAUGGCAGGUCCACUGUUGCCACCAGGAUUGCCACCACCACCACCGCUUUUGAAUAACGAUUUCUUGCAUUCGCCUUUCAGUUCUUCCUUCUUCCAGCCUUCGUUGUCACCACAACAACAACACUUGGACGCUAUGUUGAGGAUGCAAUCUGGAAUGAGACCAGAUCAUUUUCCACCACAUCUCUUCCAGGAAUCGAUGCUUCCAUUUCUGAGAAAUAUGCCGACGCAGCACAGUUCGAAUCCGUUUUUGCAACCGAAUACAGUGAUGCUGCCGUACCCAAUAUUCGUUCCUCUUCCAGUUCCUAUACCAGUACCCAUUCCGUUGACUAACUUCCUACCAAAAGACAAAAAGCCAGCUACUAAAGAUAUAAGCAAAAAGCUCCCUAGCGAAGACCUGGAAGCAGGUGAAAACAGCGACAGUUUAAAUGUAGAUUCUGAACCGGAAAGCAAAAGAGACACUGCUUCCACAAAAUCAAACAAUUCCGAAAAUGAUUCGAAUGAUACAGUUUCAAAUAAUAUAUCUGGAAAGGAAAGGCAUACCCCGGCACCGGAGAAAUCAUCGUAUGCUGUGAUUAAUAAUGACAGUAAUUCGAAUCGUUUAAUAUUGACGAGGAAUAAACCACGAUGAAUAGAAAAAAAAAAAAAAAAAUGUUUUUGUCAAGUAGUGAAAAUUUGUUUUACAUGCAGUUUUGUAAAAGAAUACUUAUGACUAAAGAAAAUAGUUGAGUUUCCCUUUUUUAAUUUAAGAAUGAAGUGAGAGAAAUAGAGAAAAAAAAUAGAUGUGAAAUAUGUAUCAUGGUUGUAUCUUUGCAGAUUGCUACUGUCUGUAAAUUAUUUAAAUGUUUUAUAUGUAUAGAUAAACAGUGAUAUUAAAUGACUUUU